AUGGAUUUCACACAGUAUCAGCACUACGUUCCGCAGUUCAUGCUGCGAAGAUUUGCCCCCACUCAGCCGAUAGGCCCAUCUAACGUUUCGGCAUCCUACCGAAAGAGUGAAAGACAACGUCGCAAGAACAAUGCAUCUGUCAAAGUCCCCCAUUUGGACAGUAGUCCACCUAUAAUAACAGAUAAACCUAUACGGCGGACUUUCGGCCAGCAGGACAUGUACAACGACGGCCUCAAGGACAGUGUAGAAACAAAAUUAGGGGAAAUUGAGAGAAAAGCGGCCCGAAUCAUAGCUCGAGUGGUAGAUGCACAGGAAGCAGGCAAAGAGGGGAUAUCCCUCCUACGCUCCGAAAAAGACUUGUUGCGCAAGUUCCAGUUCGUUAUGAGAUACCGUUCUCCGAUCUUCUUUCGUCGCUUCAACCAUCAAACUGCCGAAGGUUACGAUUCUGAUGAUCGAGAUACGUUUCUGGAAUAUAUGAGGGAUAACCAGUUCUCACGGCCGCUCGAUGUAUGGGUCAACAAUCUAGAAAAGAUCAUCGACACACCCAUGGAUCCCGCCGGUCAUUGGGCGUGGGAACUUGCUGGAACAAUUUACCCCCCUGAUGCGCACUGGCUCGCCACCAACAUUCGAUCUAUGUAUAUGGCUUUUGUUACGCCUUCGGACCCCCAGGAAGAAUUCAUUUUAACAGAAAAUGCGUUCAGCAUUCAUGAAGGGCCUGUUAGUUACACUGUGGACAGGUUCACGGGCGAAGAAAAACAAACAGUCUACACUGAGUUUCACCUACUGACAGUCAUCUCACCUCGACUCGCUAUCGUUUUCCGUAGUAAUGAUAUGCCAGAGCCGCUCGAAGACCUUUUUCCAGGGUUCCGUGAGCAGAAAUUAGACAUGCUGGCUGCGAUUGCGUCGGUGCACACAGAUCCAGAGCACGCAACAUCCUUGCUCGAGGAUCUCCCCAUCGCAAAAGCUCGAAAUUCUUACACUACUGUGAGAAAUGGGCGGAUCGAGCUGGCUGAAGGUGCUGAUGGAGAGCCGAGAAUGAACGACAAAUUCGACUUUAUUUUUUUUCGCCUCGAGAGUAAUCAUGCUCAGAAAAUCAACAUGGUGAUGCUAGACCAAGCAUACAAGAUUGAUCAGUUGGUUUUCAAGUCGAAGUCAGCACUUCGAAAGGCGCUGGAAUUCUAUCUGGAAUAUCCGUGUCUGACACGAGGACUUUAUUCGAUGAAAACGGUCAGCGACAAGCCUGAUGACCCGAGGUUACGAUUCUUAAAAAAGAUGGAGCAUGUAGCUCAUACAUUGGGAUCUAGUGCGGUUGCCAAGUACCAUGUGGAU